AUGGCUACCCCCAGUGCCCUCGCUUUUGACGCUGAGGGCAGGGCCAUUGACUUUGACGUCUGGAUAGAUGGCAUGCAGCUUUUCUUACAGUGCGAUAGGGCAGACGGCCUCUCCCUCUUUGACCUCACUUCUGGUGCCUCUCCUGCCCCCGCUGCUGAUGCUGACGCCACUUUUCGCUCACAGUGGGCCACACGCGAUGCUGCCGCACGUCUUGCUGUGCGUCGCCACCUGCCUACCUCUGAGCAUGCGCACUUUAGCCAGUACAAGAGUGCUCAGACAUUGGUCGCCCGUCUCCCUGACUCCCUUCGCGUAGUCAGGGACCACUUUCUCUCUGUUUGCCCCACCACUCUCACCGUUGACCUCCUCGAGAAGGCCCUCCUAGCAGCAGAGAAGAGCAUUGUUGCUGUAGGAGCCUCUCGUGGUGACCCCCGCACCCCUGUCUUUGAGGGGAGUUCUCCCUCCCCCCUCUUGCCCUCUGCUGCUUCUGCUGCUGCGGUCGACCUCGUUGGUUUCGAGUCGGUCGGCGCUGCGUCUGCCCCUUCGGGGAAGCGCCGCACAUGCAAGGGCAAGGGGGGCAAAGGCGCUAGAGGAGCUGGCGGGGGUGGUGGAGGCGGCGGUGGAGGCGGCGAAGGGGGUGGGGGUGGGAGUGGGAGUGGUGGCGGGGGUGGAGGUGCCGGUGGUGGUAGUGGAGGCGGAGGAGGCGGCGGUGGUGGCGGAGGGAGCGGAGGCGGCGGUGGUGGCGGAGGCGGCAGAGGUGGCAGAGGCGGCGGAGGUGGCGGUGGAGCUAAUCGCGGCUCUGCGCAGAUGAGUGGCUCCCGUGGUGGUCCGCGCCAGCAGCAGCAGCGCGGUCGUGAGACCCUGUCCCCUCAGCAGCUUCGUGAGUGGUACGCUGGGCGUCAGCGGGGUGGGGGUACUGGUCCGUGCACCUACGUCCUACGCAUCGGCGACCGCGCGGCUAUCUUUGACCUUGACUUUGAUGCUAUUCUUGUUGCCAUCUAUGCUGUGACUAUUAGUGAUGAGGGUGACUGUUACCGGUGCUUUCCGCCCGACCCGGGCAUUGAGACUGCUGCUCUAGGUACUAGUGAGGCUGCUGCUCUUGGCGCUAGCGAGGCUGCUGCUCUAGGUGCUAGUGCAUCUACUUCCUCAGGUGCUGGUGAGUCUGCUCUCUCAGGUACUGCGUCGGCUUCGGCCUCCCUCACCUUCACCCUUGACUUGGGGGCUUCUCGCUCCUUCUUUCGAGACCGCACCACACUCACGCCGCUUAGUCGGCCAGUUGCAGUUUAUCUGGCAGACCCCUCUGGGGGUCUUGUCCUUGCUCACUUCUCCACUGUCCUCCCGUGUCCGGCGGCUCCCUCUGGCACCCUGUUUUGUCUUUACCUCCCCUCGUUCUCUACAAACUUGGUGAGUGGUGCUGACCUACAGGAUGGGGGAGUUCACAAGUUCACUCAUGCGAGCCAGCGGGUGACGCACUGCACUGAGGCUCGGUCGGGCCGACUUUUGGCCACGUUUACACGCCAGCCGGGGUCGAGCCUGUACACACUUACCACUGAGUCUCCUCCAGUCACUGAGUUUGGUCGGGUAGCUGCGUCGGGUCAGGUGUUUGCUGCAGCGUCCAGGUCUGGUCCUGAGUCUGCCCCCUGCUCGUGUCGUCGCCUGUCUCACGAGACUCUCCUUUGGCACCACCACCUUGGUCACCCUUCCCUGGCUCGUCUCCGAGGCAUGGCGUCCCGUGUCCUUGUCUCUAGUCUUCCCCGGUCCCUCCCUCCCCUUCCCCCGGGGCGUGCCCCUCCCUGCGUCCCCUGCGUCGAGGGGCGGCAGCGUGCUGCCCCUCACUCCUCCCAGUUUCCUCCGACAGAGGCCCCGCAACAGACGCUUCACAUGGAUGUGUGGGGCCCAGCCCGCGUCCGUGGACAGGGUCACGAGCGCUACUUCCUACUGGUGGUUGACGACUACUCUCGUUACACCACAGUCUUCCCCUUGCGCAGCAAGGGUGAUGUCACUGAGAUGUUGAUCGACUGGAUCCACGCAGCUCGACUCCAGGUCAGGCAGAGCUUCGGCUCGGACUUUCCUGUUCUGCGUCUGCAUUCUGACAGAGGCAGAGAGUUCUCCUCUUGCCUUCUGCGAGCCUACUAUCGUGCACGAGGCAUCCGCCAGACCUUCACACUUCCGGACUCUCCACAGCAAAAUGGGCGCGGCAUUGGCAUGGUCAUGAUUUGCUCGUACGUCCAUGAUGCAUGCAGCUGCCCCCCAUUUUCUGUGGCCGUUUGCGGUUCGACGGGGAAGGUUGGCGAUGCGUCUGCGUUCCGUGUCUGGGGAUCUCGGGUGUUUGUCCGCGACUUGUCUGCGGACAAGCUGUCCCCUCGUGCUGCUCCUUGCGUCUUCCUGGGUUUCCCCCCUAACGCGCCAAGUUGGCAGUUCUACCACCCCACCUGUCGCCGUGUUCUGUCCUCCAAGGACGUCACGUUUGACGAGACGGUACCCUACUACCGCCUCUUCCCCUACCGCACUCUUCCCUUCCCCCACCACCGCUUUUCCUUGUCCCAGGUAGAUGCAGUCAAGCCUGUCAAGGUUGCUGGUGACUCUGGUGCUGAGCCUGGGGGUGCUGACUCUGGGGAUGCUGAGCCUGAGGGUACUGCUACUGGGGGUGCUGAGCCUAAGGGUGCUGCGACUAAGGGUGCUAAGCCUGGGGUUGCUACGCCUGGGGGUGCUGAGCCUGGGGGUGCUGCUAGUGGGGGUGCGGAGCCUGGGGGUGUGGAGCCUGCGGGAGCUGGGCCUGCUUGUCUCGCCUCUGGCGGUGCUGUGCCUGGAGGUUCAUCGGGUGCUUCGUCUCGGCGGGAGCCACUCUCUCCACGGGAGUUGCGCGAGUGGUUUGCCCGACGCUGGAGGCGUACUGCUAGAGCUGGAGGUUCUUCGGCUACUGAGGGUGCUGGUGUUGCGGUUCCCGUAGGUGCUCGUACUGGGAGUACUGGAAGUGCUGGGCCUGCGGGUACGACUGGAGUAGGAGCUACUGAGGGUGUUGGCGCUGCUGGAGGUCGUGGAGCUACUGGAGCUGCUGCUGGUCCUGGUGGUGGAGGUGCUGCUGGAGCUGGUGCUCCUGCUGGGGGUAGUGGUGCUGUCGCCUGCUAUGCCUCGCGCGUACUUCGUUCCGCUCCUUCAGCAGGUUCUUGGUCUUCCGCCUCCUACUGGUCCUCCUCCUCCCUUAGAGUGUCCACCGCCUGUCCCGUCAAAGUCACAUCCUCUCUUCCUGUUCUUGCCGACCCGGAGUCGGACUCUCUUCGUGCUGCCAGUCCUUCUAUCACGCGUCUCCUUGCUACUGUCGUCACUGGCCCUUACUUUGAGUCCACUGCUGCGUCUGCCCUCGUUGCUGAGCUCGUCGACUUUGCUGCUCGCUGUCGCCUAGACUACACUGCUAGUCUUGUGGCUGAGUCUGAGUCUAUCUGUCCUCCGUCCGUCGGGGGUGAGUGUGCCCUUGGCACAGACGUCCUUGAGGACAGGCAGGAGGAGUUCCAGUGUCUGGCUGCUGCUUCACCUCAUCUCGUGUCCGUACUACUUACCCCUGAGGGAGACCCAGAUGCACUUGACAUCGCGACUCCGCGCUCUUACGCGGAGGCGUUAGAGGGUCCCUACUCCUCUCAAUGGGAGGCAGCUAUGGACAUAGAGAUGGCUUCCUGGAAGUCCACAGGCACCUACGUUGACGAGGUUCCCUCGCCUGGGGCGAACAUCGUCAGUGGCAUGUGGAUUUUUAGGGUGAAGCGGCCGCCGGGUUCUCCGCCUGUCUUCAAGGCACGUUACGUGGCUCGUGGCUUCGGUCAGCGGCAGGGAGUUGACUACUUUCAGACCUUCUCUCCCACCCCGAAGAUGACCACUCUUCGGGUACUGCUGCACGUUGCUGCUCGCCGCGACUAUGAGCUGCACUCUCUUGAGUUCAGCACAGCUUUCUUGCAGGGCAGCCUGCACGAGGAGAUCUGGCUGCGCCGCCCACCUGGCUUCACUGGGUCUUUCCCUCCUGGUACCCAGUGGAGUCUCCGGCGGCUAGUCUACGGUCUCCGCCAGGCGCCGCGUGAGUGGCACGACACACUGAGGACUACGCUUGCGGCUCUUGGGUUUGCUCCCGCUACUUCCGACCCGUCGCUGUUUCUGCGCACCGACACUUCUUUGCCGCCGUUCUACAUCCUCGUGUACGUUGACGACUUGGUCUUUGCCACAGCUGACACUGCUGGACUCGCCCAAGUGAAGUCUGAGCUGGAGAAGAGACACACGUGCACAGACCUGGGUGAACUGUGCAGCUACCUUGGCUUGCAGAUCACCCGGGACAGAGCACGCCGCACCAUUACCCUGACUCAGUCACACAUGGUGCAGCAGGUCCUUCAGCGCUUCGGCUUCACGUACUCCUCGCCUCACGCCACUCCUUUGUCUACUCGCCACUCGCUCUCAGCUCUGCCUUCGGAUGAGUCCGUAGAGUCGAGUGGCCCGUACCUAGAGCUUGUUGGCUGCCUCAUGUACCUGAUGACCUGCACACGACCUGACCUUGCAUACCCUCUUAGCAUUCUCGCACGCUAUGUUGCUCCUGGGAGACACCGACCAGAGCACAUGGCUGCAGCGAAGAGGGUGUUGCGCUACUUGUGCAGUACGUCGGGCAUGGGGCUAGUGCUUGGAGGGCGGAGUCCAGUUGUUCUCACUGGGCACGCAGACGCUUCUUGGGCUGACGACCAUGCUACGGAGCGGUCGUCACAGGGCUACACCUUCAGCCUUGGUUCCAGCUCUGUUUCGUGGCGGGCUACUUGCUUGUCUUCUGUUCUCGGCUCCAGUUGUGAGGCUGAGAUCUACGCAGGGGCCAUGGUUGCACAGGAGCUUCGCUGGCUCACCUACCUGCUGACUGACCUCGGAGAGCCGCCUUGUUCUCCUCCAGUUCUGUACGUAGACAACAAGGCCAUGCUGGCCUUGUGUCGAGAGCAGAGAUUGGAGCACAGAACAAAGCACAUUGCUCUCCGCUACUUCCUUGCUCGUGAGCUACAGCAGCGUGGUCAGUUGGGGCUCGCAUACGUGGCCUCUGAGGCCAACACUGCUGAUGUCUUCACCAAGGCACUUGCGCCUUGUGAUCAUCAGCGCUUCUGUACUCAGCUGGGUCUAAUGCCUGUCUUGCCUCACUUGCUCACCUCUCGACCUUGCUUGUACUGUUACAUAUAUACAUACCUGCUCUUGCUUGUCUAG